AUGCAAAAGGUGCUUCCUGUAGUAGCGGACGCAUGGCAAGUGACAGGGUUUGUAUGGCGGGAAGGUCGUGUUGCAAGGCAACUCAACUUUUGCAAAGCAACAAUAGUAAAGCAUUUGACACGAUUCAAACUGCUGCUUGGUAUGAUAAUGAUGGAUGCAUUGCGAGCACAGAAGCAGAAGCUGCUGGACCCAGAGGAUCAUCAACCUACACAAUCUUUACCUACUUCUACAAGUAACUACUCGUUAUGUCCACGUCUAUCGUAUCAGGAGCGUCUCAUUGGCUGUAUGACGUGUUUCAUGCUGGGCUUUGUGCUGUCCCUGGGCUCGACCUUUCGUCUGGCAAAAUUAGUGCAUGGGCCGUGGAAACAGGUGCAAACAAUGUUUCAUUCCAAACGUCGGUACUCUGCAGUCGUCUACGUCGUCUUUAUUUUCGUGACGCUCUUGCUGUGUUUCUCCCACACUCAUAUCCACCAUCGGCUUUUGCUAGUGUUUCUAUCAUUACUGGUACAAUUUCUAGCUCUUGUAUGGUACACACUGUCUUAUAUUCCCUAUGGCCGCAGUAUUGCAAUUGGCUGUUGCAAACGCUCUAUUGGACUAGCGACAGAUGACGAUGUAUGA